CAACGACCACCACUUCUCUUGUCUCGUCUCUGCCCCCAGCUCCUGCGCUCCACAGCUCAAACUAGUGUUCACUUUCAUUUCCCUCCGACAGCGGCGACGAAAAGGGAAUCCGAAAGCUGACAUAUAGCGGGCGCAGUCGGCGAGGUCAUCCGAAGCAUCACUUGACGCCAAGAACAAUGGGUUUCUUUUCGUUCCUCGGUAGAGUUCUCUUCGCCUCCCUCUUCAUCCUCUCCGCCUGGCAAAUGUUCGACGAAUUUGGGGAAGAUGGUGGCCCUGCUGCUCAAGAAUACAUGUCGAAGCUUUCCGUGGUGAAGCACCAUCUUGCCACUACAUUGGCAGUCAAAAUGCCAGAUCUUGAUGCUAGGCAUGUUGUUGCUGUUAACAUGGUUCUCAAGGGGCUCGGAGGCUUCCUCUUUGUGUUUGGCACCCCAUUUGGUGCUUAUCUCCUGAUAUUCUACUUGGCUGUUAAUGCCCCAAUUCUCUACGACUUCUACAACUACCGUAGGGGCGAGAUUGAGUACUUGAUUCUCUUGAAUGAGUUCUUGCAGAGUGUAGCUCUUUUUGGUGCAUUGCUGAUCUUCGUCGGGAUGAAGAACUUUAUCCCGAGGAGGCAGAUCAAGAAGAAGGCAGCUCCCAAGGCCAAAGUUGGUUAAGGCACACAUCAAGAAACUCAUCGUAUCUGAAGCUCCUGAACAUUAUAUUUAGAAGAUUAGAGUGCCUGUAGUUCUUUGGUUAUUUUUUGUGCUCUUCUCUGAUUUCCACACAUUGUAGGCUUUUUCAGUCAUUCUCCUGCAGACUCAAGAACAAUAGUGUCUCUCUUUUCCUAACGAGAAUGCAUAAUUUUAUUGAACCCCUGAUAAUUUAUCAUUGCCAAUGUACUUGCAUCUUUCUGCAACCCAGAUAACUAAUAAUUACCCUUUCAAACA